AUGAGCACUUUCAAUUUAAAAUACCAAGUUUUAGCAUCUAAUACUGGAUUAUUAUACAAAUUAGAGGAAGAAAAUGAAAUAACAAUAAAUUAUUAUGCCUAUGAAUUAUCCUCCAAUUUUUAAGAAACAUACCUUAAAGAUGAGGAAAAAAUUAAAAAUUUUAAGACGAUUAGGCAAUUUGUGAAAUAAAUUAAUUACUAAAAUAAAAAAUAUAUUCUCUUUAAAUAUUAGGAUGGGGAAUCUCUAGAUAGAAAAAUUUUUUAGUUUAGAGGAAGAUAAGAAUCUAUUAAUUUUGAGACAAUUAAACUUUAUUUAAUUUAAAUGCUUGAUACAUUAUAAAAGCUUCAUUAAUCUAAUAUAUUAGGCAGAAUUUUUUCAACUAAAAAUAUUUUAGAUUGCUAAGGAUAAAUUUUAUUCAUGGACUUUGGAUUUGGUCCAAACAUCAUAGAAUAAAACUUAGAUUUAAUUGCUCCACCUGAAGUAAUUAUAAGAUUCCUUGAGAAAGGUAUCAAAUUUAAAUUUAUUUUAAAAGAAGGUCAUUAAAUAUACAAUAUGAAAGUUGAUUCUUGGUUAUUAGGAGCAGUAUUAUAUCAUUUAGUCAAAUUAAGUCCUAUAAAUACAAUAGAAAUAGAGGGAGGGAAAGGCAAAGUCAUGCUUUAAAAGGACGCUCAUGAAUAUUUUUCAUAUCUAUCAAAAUAAAUCCAAAACUAAAAAAAAUGCAUAGAUGUGAUAACAGGUAGAUAUUCGCCAGAAUUUUGUUAAUUUAUAUAAGGACUUUUAACAUAUAACCCAGAUGAAAGGUUUUCCUUUUUACAAAUUUAUCAACAUAAUUUUAUUAAGAAAUUAGGCAUUUCAAAUUAUGAAAAAUAUUUGUAGUUUUAUUAAUUGUACAAUGAAUAAGGGCUGAACGAAUAAAUAAAUAUUAGAGAAGAUCAUGGCUCUAGAAUAUUGAGUACUGGAUUCCUCUUAAAUGGUGUUAGUAAUUAACCAAUAAUACAAUCAACAGUAACUAAUACAUUAGAAGCAAAUUAAAACAUGUAAAAAAAUCAUCAAAUUCUUCUUAGUAUUCCUCCACUAUGUUUAGAUAGUUUUUAAUUAGAAAAUAAUAAUUUAAAAGUAUAAUUUCCAGUAGAUACGUCAGAAUUAUUGAGAAAUUCUUAAAUAGAAGAUUAGUAUAGUAUAGAAAAAUAAUUUGUGCAUGAAAUUUAAAGUUUAUAUGUAUAUAUACAUUCCAUAUAUAUAGGAAUCUAGAUUUUAUUUAAUAUGGUCACAUAUUAGAAUGGAAUUAUUCAGAUUUACAUUUUUGGAAUUAUCUGCUGUGGAAUUUAUAAAUGAAUUGCAAAAAAAAAAAUUUUAGUUGGAACAUGUUUGUGCUUACUUUCUUAAAAAAAUGGGUUAUCUAAUUUUAAUUGAAUUAUUAAAAAAAAUAAAUGAAGAUGUUUGUCCCUGGGUAUGUAAUCAAGAAGACUAAUAAAAAUGGAAAGAUUUUAAGAAGGAAACUUAAAAAUCUAUUUUAGAAAACAAUAUCAAAUAAAAAAUCAAAGAUUUAGAACCUAUUCUCAAAGAGGCUUAUUUUAUGCAUUGUAAAAUAUAUUUAGAAGAUGAAAGAAUUGAAUAAGCUAUUCGAAAUGAAUUAUAAGCAGAUUUAGAAUGUUUUCAAAAGUAAAAAAUAGAAAGUAAUUCUAUUUAUAAUUCUUGUUCUAAUGAAUUUUUGAAAAAAGGAUAUAGAUAAAUUAUUCUUACUACUUACAAAUUUUUAGAACGUGAGUAGAAACUUGCUUAAUAACCACAUUUAAAAUAUAAUACUUUAUUGUUGAAAAUUACAAUUUGCCAUUUAAUUAAUCGAAUAUUUGAUCUGAAUACAGUAACAAAUUCUUUUAGAAAAAUUUUGUAAAACAAAAAUAGGAAUCCUUUUCAAUUGAUUACUCCGAAUGAAAUAUAUUAAUAUAUUUGCAGAGAUGAAGAAUAAGAGAAAAUUAAUGAUAUUUAGGAAAUUUUGUCAGGUAAAUCUGGUUGA